ACGUAGCAGAGAAUCACGACGAAGCUUAAUUUUCGCUCGAUUUUCAAUUUUAAUAAUUUUUUUCCCGUCAUUUCCGAUCUAAACCCUAUGCUCGUGAAACCAAAACAAACCCUAGCUCCACUCCGUCUCUCGCGGUUUGUGUUGAAAUUCCAAAAUUAUCGAAAAAUUGGUGGCAAUAUUUUAUAUUACUAUUGGGGUUUCGAUUCAACAUAUACAGAUGCAGGUCCCAGCCGAUGUUUCAAGUUCGCGGUCACUCCGUUUUUGUUGAAGUAAUUGAUUUUUAUUGAUAUGUCGAUCCUGAUCUGAAAAUGUAUAAUGGAAUGUGAAAUUUGGGGUUUCACUUUUUCAUACUUGAAUUGAGUAGUUGUUGAUGGAAAAUAGAAUAGGAAGCUCUUAUGGUACGGAAAUUCCUAAGAAACCAAGAUCAUUGGAUCUUAAGAGUCUGUACAAAUCUAAGGACACAAAGAAUGCUCAGGAUAAGAGUGUAAAACAGAAGGGCAUUGUAAAUCAUGGUAGUGAUGGCAGGAAGAGCAACAAGAGGAAGAAGAGUAAUGGCAGCAAGAGUUUGGAUGAAGUGUACAGUGGUAGUGUGAGUUUGGGGCCCUGCGAGUCCAAGAACUCAAACUUGGGGUCAACUAAGAAACUAAAAAAUUAUAGUAGCAGGAUUUCAUUUAGUUUGGAAGAUAGGAUUGCAAGAAUCCCAAAGCGUAAACGCGACUUUGUGGGGAGAAGCAAAUUUGAGAGCAGUGGUCAACCUUUCAAACUGUUUGGGCAGUCUGGUAAUAAUUCGGGCCUUGUUGAUCAUGCACAGAAUGUUAAUGGUGAUGAUUUAGUUGAUCAGGCAGAGAAGGUUAGCGGUGAUGAUUUAGGGAAUGCUGUUGAAUCCACAAAGGUUAAUAAGAUUAAGGGUUAUGAUGAUUUUAAAGAAGAUAGAAAUAUUGAAUCAAGUUCAGCUCAGAAUUUGAAGAAGGAAGAUGGACGGCUGGAUCAUUCAUUUAUAAACAAUGGUGAUUCAUCAUUGAAGAAAUCAAGGAAGAUCCGUAGGAAAAGGGAGGUUCUGGACCUGCAUACUAAAAGUGCUGCAAAGGAGGCUGAGCCGAUUGUUGGGACUAGUACUAAUAAGUUGCAAGAUGAUGAAGAGGAGAACCUUGAAGAGAAUGCAGCAAGGAUGCUUUCAUCGCGGUUCAAUCCAAGUUGCACCAGGUUUUCUUUGAACAGCAGAGUAUCUAUUUCUCCGCCAUCUAAUGGAUUAUCAUUUUUGUUAUCUUCUCGUCAGGAUUUGGUUAGGCAUGGAGCCAAGUAUUUUUCUGGUUCUGAGUCUGCAUCUGGUGAUACUACUGGCAGGAUAUUGAGGCCAAGGAAGGAGGACAAAGAGAAUAGUCACUCAAGGAAGAGGCGCCAUUAUUAUGAAAUUUUCUCUCGGGACUUGGAUGCACAUUGGGUAUUGAAACGGAGAAUCAAGGUAUUUUGGCCUCUGGACCAGAGUUGGUAUUAUGGCCUUGUGAAUGAUUAUGAUGAAGAAAGAAAGCUUCAUCAUGUUAAAUAUGAUGAUCGUGAAGAGGAGUGGAUUAGCCUUCAAAAUGAGAGAUUUAAACUUUUGUUACUUCCUGGAGAAGUUCCUUCCACGGAGGAGAGGAAAAGAUCUGCAUUAGAAGGUGAGCAUGCUGAUGAUGGGACGUCACGGUUGAAGCCCAGCAAAGAUAAAGAAAAGAGAGACUUGGCUGCUGAAGAUGAUGAUUAUAUAGGUGGCUGUAUGGAUACGGAGCCCAUAAUCUCCUGGUUGGCUCGAUCUACUCGUCGGGUCAAAUCUUUACCUUCUUAUGCCUUGAAGAAACAGAAGACUACUGGUGGUCUAUCUUCAACAUCUGUGGCUGAUGAAGCUGUGGGUACACGUCUAGAUGGAGGUACCUUGAAUGGACAGAAAAUUGGUUUAUCUAAUGGAUUUUUGUUGCCAGACAGGUUAGUGAAUAUCUCAGAUACCCCUUGUUGCUCCAGAGACAGAAAAUUUCCUAUUGUUUACUUUAGAAGGCGAUUUCACAAAAUGAACAAUGUGCUGUGCCAUGCUUCAGCCAAUAGUGUUUCUGGAGCACUUGAAUCUGUUUCUACUCCUUCCACUGUUGAUGAGUGCAAGGCUUUUGGAGAUGAGAUGUCUGUCCGAAGAUUGGAUCCUGAUGAUUCUUUGUUGUCCAUCGAGAAUGUAUUGUCUUUUAAAUUAACCAUUCCAUCCAUAGAAUGCAAACAGUUGAGGUUUGAGUUUGAUUUCCCUGUGCUUUCAGUCAUGAACCACUCGUUUGGGGCAGAAAAUGUUUGGUUGUUUCGCGCUUUAUUGCUGCUACAGUAUGGCACAGUCAUGGCUACGUGGCCAAGGGUUCAUUUAGAGACUGUUGUUCUUGAUAAUGUGAUCGGGUUGAGGUUUCUCUUGUUUGAAGGUUGCUUGGGGCAGGCUCUUGCAUUUGUUUUCGAGGUCUUAAAUAUGUUUCAUCAACCUGACAAACCAGGGAAGUAUGUUGAUCUGCAGUUACCUGUUACUUCUGUCAGGUUCAAAUUUUCUUGCAUUCAGGGGCUUAGAAAGCAUCUUGUGUUUGCAUUUUACAACUUCUCUGAAGUGAAGAAUUCAACGUGGGCGUUUCUUGACUGCGAGCUUAAAAGGCACUGCUUGCUAACUAGGCAACUUCCUUUGUCAGAGUGCACUUAUGAUAACAUUAAGGCACUACAAGAUGGAAAUCAAUUACUCAGUUGUUCUACUUGCAAGGAUUCUGCAUCAUUUGAGGGAUCAAGGAGGAGGUCGAGUAAUGCUAUGAAACUAAUUGGUAUCUCUCGAGAAUCCGCUUCUGUGAAUGCCAACCGCUGUUCUGUUUUGGACAAGAAGCAUAGAUUCUUUCCUCCAUUUGCACUUUGUUUCAAUGCUACACCGACUUUCUUUCUUAGUUUGCAUUUAAAGCUGCUUAUGGAACACAGCAUGACUCCUAUCAGCUUUCAGGACCAUGAUUCAGACGACUGCUCUACUUUGGAGGACUGCUUCAACAAAUGUUUAGAGAGUCCCCUUGAGAAUAUAUUGAGGGCUCCAUUAAUUGAGCAUUUUUGUAGUGGAUGUUUGUCUGGUACAAAAUCAGUUUUGGGUAUUGCCGAUCUCUCUGCUUCCAGUCAAACAAAGUUGUCUUCAGAGUACCAUCAGAAUAAUGGUCUAGAUGUUGCUGGCUCUAUGAGCUCUGACAAUCCUGAGCAAGUUGGCAAUGAUGCUAUUCCAUUGGAGAAGUGGCAAAACAAUAGCUCGGUGAAGGAACAGUAUGAUUUAUCAUCAGGUCCAUCAGUUGAUAGAAAUAAGUCGGAUAAUGGAUCUCAUUCCCUUCUGAAUGGUAUCACAAUUGAAAUUCCCUCAUUUAAUCAGUUUGAAAAGCAUGUUGAGCAGGAAUCCGGUUGUGCUCAACAGUUCAGUGAUUUAUCGUGGCAUGAGAAAGGUAUUGUUAUCACCAGCGCAAACCUGACUGCUCCCAGAAGUAACUGGCAUCGGCACCGAAGUAGUUCAUCAUUUGGAUACAUUGCACAUGGAUGGUUGGAUGGAAAGCCUGACCUUUUCCGUGGAAAUUUUGGUAAUGGACCGAAGAAGCCACGAACUCAGGUUUCAUACACACUGCCUUUUGGAAGUUUUGAAUAUGGAUCAAAGAAUAAAAGCUUUCCCCAGAAAGGGCUUGCUCACAAACGAAUUAGAAAGGCUAGUGAAAAGAGGUCAUCAGAUGGUGCUAGAGCAUUGCAAAGGAAUUUGGAGUUGUUAUCCUGUGAUGCAAAUUUGUUAAUCACUCUUGGAGAUCAAGGGUGGAGAGAAUGUGGGGCGCAAGUGGUACUGGAGCUUUUUGAUCAUAGUGAAUGGAAGCUUGCAAUUAAAGCUUCAGGGGCUACAAAGUAUUCAUACAAGGCGCAUCAAUUUAUGCAGCCUGGUUCCACAAACCGAUUCACUCAUGCUAUGAUGUGGAAAGGCGGAAAGGAUUGGAUUCUGGAGUUCCCUGAUAGGAGCCAAUGGAGCCGUUUCAAAGAGAUGCAUGAAGAAUGCUAUAAUCGGAACAUUCGUGCUGCUUCAGUUAAAAAUAUUCCUAUACCUGGUGUUCGCUUGAUAGAGGAGCAUGACGAUAAUGGAACAGAAGUCAUCUUUUUUCGGAGUUUGAAGUAUUAUCGACAGGUUGAAACAGAUAUUGAGAUGGCUUUGAAUCGGUCACGUGUCUUAUAUGACAUGGAUGGUGAUGAUGAGCAGUGGAUAUUGAAAUAUCAAAUUUCUUCAGGAACUGAAAACAGCGGCUUGUGGAAGAUAUCUGAAGAAAUGUUUGAGAAGAUAAUGGACGUGUUUGAAAAGGCUGCAUAUGUGGAGCAGUGCGAUCAGUUCACAUCCGAUGAAGUAGAAGGUCUCAUGGCUGGAGUUGGGCCCAUGGGAGCAAUCAAAAGCAUUUAUGAGCAUUGGCGGCAGAAGAGGCAGAGGAAAGAAAUGCCUUUAAUCCGGCAUCUUCAGCCGCCACUAUGGGAAAGAUAUCAAGACCGAGUGAGAGAGUGGGAGCUAGCAACAUCCAAAGCCAAUCCAACACUCACAAAUGGAUGCAUGGACAAAAUUAUUCCUAUUGAGAAGCCAUCCAUGUUUGCUUUCUGUUUGAAACCUCGGGGCUUGGAAGUCCCAAAUAAGGGUUCAAAACAUAGGUCACAGAGGAGAAUUUCUCUCGCUGGGCAAAGCAAUACCAUUCUAGAUCAUGAUGGUUUGCAUUCUUAUGGACAAAGAUUAAAUGGUUUUUAUCUUAGGGAUGCAAAAUUUAUGUACAGUGGCCUUAACUAUGAAUCUUUGGGCGAAUUGCCCUUGCCUCAGACGGCCCCGAGGGUAUUCUCACCGCGAGAUCCAAAUAGUACGGGAUAUUUUUCAAUGGGAAGAGAUGGAAUUGAUAAGGUUCACAACCCGAAACUUCAAAAGAGUAAGUCAAGGAAAUUCGGAAUGUAUGCAUCUCCUAGUGACUCACAGAUCAUGGCUUCAUUCGGUCCGAGAGGUACGGGCAAGAGAAAUGGAGUUCAUCCUUUGAAUUUGGGUUUGUCUGAUUGGCCAACGCAACAACCUUACCACCCUGACUUACCUCUGAGGCAGGGACUUGAACAGUUGGAUGGUUCAGAACUUGAUGAAUUCAGGCUGCGUGAUGCAUCUGGUGCAGCUCAGCAUGCACGUAAUGUGGCUAAACUCAAGAGAGAAAAGGCUCGGAGAGUGCAUUACAGAGCAGAUAUGGCAAUUCAGAAGGCUGUUGUUGCUCUUAUGACUGCUGAGGCAAUCAAAGCUUCUUCUGAAAACUUAAAUGAUGAUGGAUGGAGUGACUAAAUGAAACAGGAGACGAAAAUACAACUAAUGUUGCCAACAUCUUCAUCUUGCCAUUCUCUAGUCCAGGGAUUUACUGGCGGAAUUGGCACUCUUUUUGGUGGAAUGAGCAAGUUUUUUUUUGCCGUUAGUGGCCACCCUGUCCAUAUUGUUCCAGAUGGCUUCUAACAGUAGGAUGUCGCAUCACGAGCAGAAGAAUAUUUUUGCUCCUGUCACCCGAUUUUUCAUUGUCAUGGUGGUUUUGGCUGUGACCGACUCCAUGGUUUCUACCUACUGGUUAUUUUGGUCAUCGCGGCAGAUUAACUCAGUUUACUGAUCUUGCAGGUCGGGGCUGCAUAAGAAUUUUGGCUGCCAAUCCUUGUACAGAAUUUCUCUCCCCCUCCCACCUUCUUCUCUUCGAUUUACCUAAAAUCUCAGCAUAAAAAUAGUGAUUGGUCCAAAUAAUACAACACCGGUUAGUAUUGAUGUUUCCGGUAUCUGAUGCAUUGGUCGUUGGAGAAACAACCUCUAGACAUGUAGUUAUGUAGCAGCCAGAGUGCUUUAUUUCUGGAAAGGAAACAUUCUGUAAGUAAUUAUCUAUUAUAUUCAUAGAGGUCCCGUAGAGGGAUAUAUUUACCUUGCAAAAAA